UUCCCUUUGAUCUCCUUGUAUCCAAGCUGAGGUCUGAUUGAAAAGAGGAAUAGGAACUCGGAAUGCAGUGUCUGCUUCAGCCAGACUUCUCUUAACUGUGCUUGCUCUGUAUCGCUCCACAGCACACACAAUGGUUCACUUUGAAGAGGUGCUCUCCCGCGUGAGGAGCUCACUGUGCAGUGCCUCCCCCCGCGGGGUCCAGGGCUUGCUGUCACAGCUGCUGGAGGCUGGCAUCCUGUCCCGGGAUUACUACCUGUGCCUGCUCAAGGAGAAGGAUGCAGAGGACCUGGCCAGGAGGAUCUCCCUCCCAGUGUGGGAGAAAUGGGACUGCUGCCACAGCACCAUCCACUGUGCGCUGGACAAAGCACAGAGCUGCAAAACCAAGGGACAAGCAGCUCCGACCAACCCCCGAGCCCAGGAUGCAGGCAUGGACCCCUCAGUCCUGGGAGAGCACAGCUUCCUGAGCCUGCUGCACAGCGACACGCUGCUGGGGGACAUUCCACUCGGCUUCCCUGAGGGGCCCUUUCCCUGCGAUGCUGAAGGUAACCAGCUCUCUCUGGAUUGGCCCAACAUUUUCGACUACCUUCUGCCAGACCUGAUGGUGCCCAACGAGAGAAUCCUCUCUCCGACCCCUUUUGAGCACAACGAAAACAUCGAACAAAUAUUGAAGUUUUUAGAGGAAGACCAGCAAGAGAAUUUGGGGGAAGAAAUGGAGAUGACACUUUCAGACCUGGAAACCACGUGCCAGGACCCUGCGAGAAACACCCAAUAUCCCAAGAGAGACCUGAACCCUGCUGAUGUGAAUACAAUGAAACCGAAGCGCCAGAAAAGAGAUCCCCGAGCAAACCGAGCACUUGAGAAAAAGAAGCGAGGCUGGAGGAAGAGCUGCCGACCCGACCAGAGAGAAGCACAGAGAGCGAGUUCUCCUGCACACCCUGUCCAGGGGUUUGUCACUUUCUCACUUCCCAUCUCCAGCCUCGCUUCCUCUGGAAACACUACACGCACUGCUGGAGGCUCUUUGGCCCCUACUUCUGCACCCACAGCCUUCCAGGUCAUUCAGAACUUCACCGUCCCUCAGCAGGUUUUCGGUAUCCCUGUCGCCAGCACUGUGUGCCCUGAGGGCCCGACGUUUGUGAUUGUGCCUGCUGCUCCAGUGUCCUCUCCCAGGGCUGCAGGAACUCCCAGCUCACCCGUCGCAGGUACUGUCGUCGAUGCUGCUGUCGCCAGGCACCCUGACAGCCCCUCCUCUCCCGCUAGCCCCUCUGCUGUGUCUGUGAACAGAUCCCUUUCUCCAGCCUCUCUCCCCAGCACCCAGCCCACCACUACCGAUGCAGUAACGUCCCCCUGCAAAGGAUCACAGUCUCCACUGCGGUCCCUGAAGACCCCUGAGAAACCCAAGUCUGUUGAAGAGUUUAAAGAGUCCCUAAGAAGUUACCUGCUCGACACCUGCCAGUUCGUGGGCACGGAGGACGAAGUGUCCCUGGAGUCUCUUCACAUUGACGUGCCUUUGAUCCAGAGGCAGGUCAAGAUCAAAACGGGGAAGAACGCCAACAAGUGUCUGGAGAAGGAGCUGAUCAUCUGCGACACAGCGGAGAGGAGGAGAGCCGAAAUCCCCCGGAGCCAGAUAUUCCAUCCCAACGGGGAGGGGUCGAAAGACUCCAAAGUGAUGGCUUUGCUGGGAAAGGCCGGGCUGGGUAAAAGCACGCUCGUCCAGAAGCUUUGCCAGGACUGGUCCAGGGGGCACUUCCAGCAGUUUGAGUUGGUCUUCUGGUUCGCGUGCAAGAGGCUGAAUCUGUCCGGGAAGCGCUUUGGGUUGAGGAACCUGCUCUUUGCGGCGCCGCCCCCGGAGAACGCCGAUGAGGUCUUCAGAUACCUCCUUCGCAACCCCGAGAAGGUCCUGAUCAUAUUCGAUGGCUUCGACGACUUCCAGGAUUGCGAAGGCCUCCUUCAUUCCCCUGCCACCAGCUCCUCCAAGGAGAUCUACAGCAUCAAGGACCUGUUUUCGGGUCUCUUUCAGAAGAAACUGCUCAUCGGAAGCACGGUACUGGUCACUGCCAGACCCAAAGAAAUGUUCAACCAGUUCUUGGGAAAGGUGGACAAGAUAGUUGAGCUCAGUGGCUUCACCCCCAAAGACAUUGAGCUGUACAUGAGCAGGUACUUCAAGGGCACUUCAUACUGCGACGGCGCGUGGAGGAAGGUCCAGAACAACGGGUUUCUUUUUAGUUUGUGCUCUACCCCGCUGAUAUGCAGGUUAGUGUGCUUCCUCCUCGAACACUUUGACAUGAACAAAGACUUGCCGUCCACGCUCACGGGACUCUACUGCCACGUGUUCUACCAUAAGAUGCACGUGAAUGCGUACGCAGCAGGUCCUGUGAACAGGCAGCAGAAGCAGAACGUCCCUGAUCUGGGCGCCCUAGCCUGGGAAGGGGUUCAGGACCACAAGUGCCUCCUGAACCCAAGGGACUUGUCAUCCGAGGAGCUGAAGGAGUUCGGUCUGAGCAGCGGGAUCCUGAGCUCUCACCCAGCGAGCGAGGGCAGAGAGGAGGGCGGCUUCGGCCUUGGGUUCGCUCAUUUGAUCACGCAGAAUUUCCUGGGGGCUCUGCACCUGAUCUUGGCCAAAAACAUCAGUGGCAAAAGCCUGGUGAAGCAGGUCCUCCUGGAGAAGAAAAAGAAGAAGCCUGAGGAAGACUGGCUGGACGUGCUGCGCAGGUUCCUGGUGGGGCUGCUGUUUCAACCUGCAGAGUGUUCAUAUCUGGACUGCUUGUCUGCCGAGGCUGUAGUGUCCAAGAAAGACGCGCUUUCUGAAUACCUGAAGCAGAUCAAACCCAGCGAUCUGAACCCUAGCAGGCUGCUUGAGCUGUGCCACUGUGUCUACGAGACGGGAAACAUGGGCCUUGUGAAGCACAUGGUCUCCAAGCUCCCCUCAGAGCUCUCCUUUAGGGGCACGCCUCUCUCCCCACCCGACGUGUUUGUACUGCAGCACCUCCUGAACAAAACCAGAAGAGCCUUCACCCUGGACCUGCACGAGACAGGCAUCGACCUCCAUGGAAUCAAACAACUGGUGGGGCUGAAGAGCAUAACGUUGUUCAGGGCUUCUAUAUCAGAUACAAUAAGCCUUUGGGAGCACCUGCACCAGACUGGGGAGCAAGGUCUUUUAAAGGACUCCAUCUCCAAGUUCACUAUCAACCCUUUCAAAGCCUCGCGGAUCAGUGAUGUUGAGCACCUCUGUCUGCUUGUGCAGAUCUACCGGGAGAGGAAGCUUCCUUCAUGUGACACAGAAACUGGGCCUGGCGAUGAGAUCUUUGAGAUCCCAGCCGUGAAGGAACUCCGGAAGCUGGAAUUUGCACUCGGUCCUGUUUACGGAUCUAUGGGGUUUUUAAAGCUGGUGGAGGUCCUUCCUGCAUUUGAGAGGCUGCAGCACCUGGACCUUGAAGCACUGACCGAUAACAAAAUCGGGGACAGGGGAGUGGAGCGGCUGACGGGGGCUUUCCCUGCUUUAUCAUCGCUGGAGACGCUCAACCUGUCCCAGAACUACAUUGGAGAUCGAGGAGCCGAGAGACUGGCACAGUGUCUUCCUUCCCUCGUGUCACUGAAGCAUCUCAGCUUGUACAGUAAUCUGAUUGGGGAUUGUGGAGCAGAGAACAUGGCCAGGGCACUCCCAGAGAUGAAGUGUCUUACCGAACUCGACGUGAAAUAUAACAAGAUCACGGACGUGGGGGCGCAGAAGCUGACCGAGAGUCUCAAGAGCUGUCUGUGGAUAAAGAGCUUGGCAAUGUGGAAUCAGUCCAUCCCACAUGGAGUUUUGGAGCACCUGAAACAACAGGAUUCUAGAAUCAACCUGCUUUAGAUCCUUCAGAAGCUGCCGUGGCCAAUGGGAUCGUUCCCUCGUGAAGGGGGCGGGCUGUCAGUCUCUGGGCACGCAUCACUGAACACUACCUCUGCAGUCCCAGCUGGCAGCUGCUGUACAGAGAUGAUCAGCCCUGAAUGUCAGGCCAGGCACUGUUGCAGAGUGCUGUGCACUGACUGUAGUGAGUAGCUAACACACUGACAAGCCGUCUAGACCGCCUUCCUGUCACCGUCACGCCUUGUACCAGGAUUUCAGUUCUCUGUUCAUUAUGUGAAGUGCUGCUGGUGAAAGACACACAGCAUUUCCAGUGCAUGUCAGUUUUCCCCUGGUUAUACUAUGCAUUUACUUUAGCUUACCCCGGUUUGCCAUGUUCAUUAGAAUGCUUCGCCAUACCUCCCUUUUCUUUACAGUGCUUUCACUGUGCUGUAUUACACUUUUACCAUGGGGAAGCUUUUAUAAGGGUAAUGUUAAAAUCUCCCUCAGAGUGUGCAAGUGUAGCACUGAGGCGCUAAGGCACAAGUUCAUUUGCAUCAGCUGUGGCUGUGACACUAACAAAGUAAAUGGUGCUGUGGCUUUACAUGAUUACAAACUCUAGCAGGGCUCAUGUAUGUUCAUAUUCUCAACGCUGCUUGCUUGGAAGAUGUUUACAAGGGGAGCCUAUUUUCUUUUUUCACCAGGUCAGCUACUGCAUAUGCAACCAUCGCUAUGUUACUUGAUUCACGACUGUGUCCGGGUUUCAUACAAACGCCCCCAGAGAGUUUCCUGUUAACACACCACAGGGGUCUUCCCUUCCAAACGGUUCAGCCAGGAGCCCGCAAGCUGCUCUCAGCUGCGUUUUACUACUGACGAAACUUACAAACAACUCCAACGCUAAACUGACUCCAGAUCAUUCCAGGCAUUAUUACUGAUCCCCCUACCAGAGCAAAAUAAAGGAAUACAAAUGUAAACUGUAGAGAUGGAUAUUCAAUCUGUGACUGUGUGUGUGUGUGCCAGCUUUAUAAGAGAUGGAUAUUCAAUCUGUGACUGUGUGUGUGUGUGUACCAGCUUUAUAAGAGAUGGAUAUUCAAUCUGUGACUGUGUGUGUGUGUACCAGCUUUAUAAGAGAUGGAUAUUCAAUCUGUGACUGUGUGUGUGUGUGUGCCAGCUUUAUAAGAGAUGGAUAUUCAAUCUGUGACUGUGUGUGUGUGUGUACCAGCUUUAUAAGAGAUGGAUAUUCAAUCUGUGACUGUGUGUGUGUUCAUUGCCAGCCAGCCACCUAAACUGAAUCUGCUCAACCCAGUGGUAUAGAUGACGCGUCUCCUUUGCAGCCUGAUUUACAUACGGGCAGAGGCUCACGGUCUGGGGACUUUCCAUCUGCAUGGAGGGUGUCGUGCACUGGCACGCAAUGAAGAAUCUUACAGGUCAUUCCAAACCAGGACCUUGUUUGAAUCCAGCUACUCAGUGUCUUUGAUUUAACACCUGGGUUAAACCAUUAAACAUGGGUCUGAAUUCAAUCCGAGUUUACAGCCCUGCCAUUGCUAUACUUUAUAAUGGCUAUGGCAGCGCCAUAUAUAUCUGUUUUAAUCCAGGCCAUGACUGGAACCAGCUAUGCAGGGUUAGUUCUACAAUUAAACCCUGAAGUCCUGGUUGGGACAAAGCUCUUAAACAAGUCAGCAUGCCUGCUGAUGCACUGUACUGAACAAAAAGGCUAUCCAGAGACACUGACGGAGGCCAGUAUGAUGCAGGAUUCCCCAGGAUAAGUUCUUUAAAAGUCUCGCUGAUCAAACGAGAUCUGCUGUACUGUAUUAACUGGUUAACCGUGUAUGUAAAGCUCUUUCCAGCUUGACUGGCGUCUGACUGACAGACAUUCUAUACUGUGAGGCACAGUGCCACCUGUUGGAUGGAAGUGGAAACAGCAAAUCCUUUGUAAGUCAUUGUGAUCCCAUGUGUAUCUCAUAGCUACAUUUUCAGCACUUUUUUGUAAUUUGUAUUGCAUGUAUUUUUUUUUUUAAUAUUACAUACUGUAUAUAAAUUACACUAUGGGGAAGUUUCACCAGUAUUAAAAAGCUGUUUCUAUUUGAAAAUAAAUCAUUUGUAAGGAUGUUCAUCUUAAGUAACAUGUUUCAGACUGAACUACGGCAAGCAAAAUAAAAUGUCAUCAUCUCUCGUCA